CGCUCGUCUUGUUCCCCGUCCUUCUGGCCAUGGUGCCCUCUUGUUCCGUUUUGGCAGCCGGGAUGGGAGCGAUGAUUGGACUGGUUGGAGGCCAUGGGAAAGGGCAGGGAGAGCCGCAGUGCUGGAUGGAGGUCCUUGUCAGGGGCACGUUGGCGUGCAUCGGCUUUUCUUUUCUGAGGAGGGGCUGAGGCACUCGUGCGCGAGCUCGUCCUUUGGACUGUGUCGGCUGGACUUUUGAUGAUGAUGGAGCAGGACGUUGAUCAGCAGGCAGGCAGGCAGGCAGGCAGGCAGGCGGGUGGGGAGAUGAGACUAUAUCAGCAACGCAGCCAAACGUGGCACGGAAUGGACGCUGCCUUGUUUGCGCGAGCAUGAACCUGUUGCUGACUGGCGAGCUGGUGUUGUUGGUUUGUAGGGGUAUCUCGCGCGACAAGUUCCACAAGCGGCGCCGCACCGGCGCCCGCGUUGCGCCUAUUCGCAUGAAGCGCAAAUACGAGCUUGGUCGUCCCCCGGCGCUGACCAAGCUUGCGGGUCCUAAGCGCGUGCACGAGAUCCGCACCAUGGGUGGCAACCGCAAGUUCCGUGCUCUUCGUCUUGAGACCGGUAACUUCUCGUGGGGCUCUGAGGGCGUCUCCCGCAAGACUCGUCUCAUCGAUGUCGUCUACAACGCGUCGAACAACGAGCUUGUGCGCACCAAGACUUUGGUGAAGAACGCCAUCAUUGUCGUUGAUGCCACCCCCUUCAAGCAGUGGUACGAGACCCACUACGGUCUUCCCAUUGGCAAGAAGAAAGGUGGUCGCAACCAAUCCGAGGUUGACGAGGCCAUCCUCAACAAGCCCCGCUCCAACCACCUCAAGCGCAAGCUCGAGGAGCGCAAGGCUGGUGCCAAGGUCGAUGUCCAUCUCGAGGAGCAGUUCGCCGCUGGUCGUCUGUACGCCUGCGUGUCGUCCCGCCCCGGCCAGAGCGGUCGCUGCGACGGCUACAUCCUGGAGGGCAAGGAGCUCGACUUCUACCUCCGCAAGCUCCGCUCCCGCCGUUAAACUGGGCGCGUUUAACAGACGAACGCCGGCCUAGCGUGCUGCCUCGCCUGGUUUUCUUUUUUGCGGGAGGGUGUGGUCCCGGUGUUUGUUGCGUCAAAACAACAAGAAAAAUAAUUGGAAGGCCUUCCUUUC